AUUCAAAAUGGGGACUGCAAAGGAGUGGAAAUCGAUAAUUUAGCUGCCAGAACGUUUAAUGGUUUAAAUAUCCCGGUGUUGAGCAUGUAUAAUCCUAGAUUUCCUUCUUUUAAUUUCCCAUACACGCCUUCGGAGGAUUUGAGACAAUUCUUAGUGGAUUAUGGUCGAACUGGGGCAGUGCACAUAUUCAAACAUAGCAAUGACUUCAAGUGUAUACCUCAAAAGAAAGAGAAUGAAAAUAUUCGGACUAAACUCGUUUCUCAGAAACCAACCCUGCCUUUGAACAUCCCUGGUCCAAUUUCUAGUGAACUGAACAGAGAAGAAUCAGGGGAUUGUGAACAGGAAUUGACUAACCUAACUGCUGAUUAUAGCAAUGUUGUAUUUAAUGGUCUUGCCAAGCUGGUCAGUGAGGAGUUUACAUCCUUAUCUUCAUGUCUACCCUCAUACAGACAUUUACAGAGACUGGCAAAAUAUGAUCCAGAAUUGAAAAAAUUUCAAACAGACUUCUGCGAUAUACCAUGUAGUCUUUUGACUGACCUUGUACUAGAGUCUGAAGUGGAACAAAAAGCAAUUGGGAAAUAUUAUGGGAACUGUCUUGGGUAUACUUGUUCAACAAGGGAGACAGACACUGUAUUAGUUUAUCCUGGUGGACUGUCUAUGAAUGAAUUGUGUUUUGGUUACUUAAAAACCUACUCUCAAAAUAAAGAGGCGAAGUUUUCUGCAAAGGGUAGUUUUGAUUUGAAAGAGAGAAUUUGUGAAAUAGCAACGGCAGAUUGUAUUGAUCAAAAUGGUUUAAUCGCUGUUCGAACCCAUCAACAAUGUUGGUUAUUUUCAAAUACAGAAGGUAUUGAGAAAACAACAUUUCUUGGAAAUCUAAAGUGUAAAAGCCGGCCAUGCGCCAUUUCUGUUAGCCCAUACAUUCCUGAAGAAGUUGUUGUUGCCAUGGAAACAGGAAGUUUGUGGCUAUGUCAUGCGGAAGACAAUUCUGUCCAAGUUGCCCGAAAAAGUUCAGCGUGUACUCCAGAAGAGUUUGAUUGGUAUUUUAGCAAGUUUGGUUCCCAUCCAAGACAAGUUGUGAGAGGGACAGCGACAAGUGUUGAACUUAUCGACAUGAGGGAAGGCUCGUCAAGAAGUCAGGACCUCAUUACUUUGCCAUCAUCACAUUUCUUUCCUAAUGAUACGUUUUCUUCCAUACAGCAUCAUUAUAACAACCCUUACCACUUCAUCUUAGCCACCACUCAAUCUCUGGCAGUUAUUGACCAGCGUUUCCAGCAACACCCUUUGUUAAAGUGGUGCCAUUCAUUGGAGCAUCCACCAAAGUAUAUCAAUGUAGCACCAGAUCCCACAAGUGAAGAAACACUAGUGUUUCUAGGAUGUUAUGAGAACCAUGAUGUUCAUUGUUUUCAAUAUUGUUCUGGUGAAAAGUGGAAUUCUCCAUUAGGAAUGAUGGAUCAUUUGACUGCUGUUUUACCACCAAGGUCAACCUCAAAUCCAUGGAAGGUUUCUUCAUAUAGUGAAUGGCCAGAGAUGGUGGACUAUCCAAGAAAAGCACAAAGCUAUCCUGAAGUGACCAAACGUCUUAAUCAACCUCUACUUGGUCUUUCCUGUAUUCCUGAGUCUGAGGGAUCAUCUUUAACUGUUGUACAGUUAUCCAGUACUGGUGAUUUAUUUUAUCAAUCUCUAGCGCCACGUGAAAGUCAGCUUACUGAGGUCAGAGACGAAGGAAGAGUUCAAUAUUACGAAGAUUUUGAUUCUGAUGCAGUGUCUAGUGGUGGCUGUGGAAGUAAGCAACCAAAUUUAGGCGUGAAUGAUCACAAAUUUAUUACACAUUGGGUGGAAUGUCUUAUGAAACAGACUGACAAAGAAAGUAAAAAACGUUUGGAUGAGAACUUUGAUAAAAGUUGUGAAGAUGUCGGUAUCAUUCGGGAAGAAAUAUUUUCAUCUUUAGAGACGGAAGUGCAGUGUAGUUUAUGUUUAGUUCCUGAAGGUGACGCAUCUUGCAACAAUAAAAAGAUUGCAGAAGCAAAUGACACCCUUAAUUUUAGUAAUGAGACAUUGAAGACUGCCAUCUGUCCUUUCUGUAAGUUAACUAGAAAGAUGUCGGCUCAACUGUUCAAUACAUCACGAAGACAGAACAAAGUUCUUUCAAAACUUCAUUUAGGUUUAAACUAUGAACCAGAAACACUGCACAUGUUUAACGAAGCAAUUCCAUGCAGUGAACCACUUGGGAAAACUUUGUUAAGGAAUUGGCACUCGAAUGAACAGGUGUCAAUAGAUCUUAUAGGAACGCAGGACAAUGAGACAGUUGAAGCAUCUUUAGAGGACAAGACUUCACGUGUAAACACAGAGUGCAAGGAAACACAAUCAUCAGUUAAUAACAAUAAGAAAACGAAAAAUGAAAAAAGUCCACCAAAAAUAAUACGUUUAGAAAUUAUGCCUACCACCGCACAGGAAGAACAAGCAGCCUCGCCUGGAACUUUAUUUAACCAAGACGUUUUAAUUCCUAAAAAUAAAACAAACUCUCCUUUGAAAGAACCCAAGACACCAGGAACCCCUAGAACGACCGACUUAAGUCAAGGCAAUAUACAAGAUAAAUUUGGGGAUAUUGGGUCUCCAAAAUCAAGCCACGACACACGACCAGGAAUAAGUUUUGAUAAUCCUUCCACGCCUGAUUAUACAACAUCUGCAAGAGGUGAGCCAAGUCAGGAAACUAUAACUCCAAGCUUAAAUAAAUCACCUCUAAAUAUAAUACUUUCCCCAUCAACACCAAGGAGUCAAAGAAAAACACCAACAAAAAAAAAGAUCUCUCGAAUACCAGGAUUUUGAGACGUCUAAACUAGUAGCGUAAAUUUGACGCAUAACUUGUUAUUGUUUUGAAUAUUUCA